AUGUGGGCGGGAGCCGCGCGCGCUUCCUGCGAGUGGCUGGGACUCCGGGAUUGCGACCCGCUGGCUCUGGGCUCGGCGCUGGACGCUCGGGCCAGGUUGCGCGCCGGGUUGCGGCCUGGGGCCCCCAUCCUAGAGGGCGAAGGGAGGAGGAGCCCCCACCUGAGCCCCGGAAAGGGAGGACGAGGGGCCAGGAGCCGAGGGGGUGCGGGCAGCGGGGCGGGUCUCUCCGGGGACCUUCGGCCGCCCGGUGGCUGCGGGUCCUCUGGUACCCGAGGCUGCCUGCGGCGGGCCCAGGCGGCCGCCCGCAGCGGCAGGGACUUCUGGAAGGACCCAGCCCGCUGCGCAGGGCCCUUCAGAAUAUUUACAGGUGUGGAGAGUCGCCAUGGCCAGCUAUCCAUAUGGGCAGGUGGUGUCCCACCCAAUGUGGAUCCUGAGGCCUACUCCUGGUUCCAUUCAGUGGACUCAGGUCACAGUGGCUCCAAGAAGGAGCUAAAGCAGGCCCUGGUCAACUCCAACUGGUCUUCAUUCAAUGUCGAGACAUGCCUCAUAAUGAUAAACAUGUUUGACAAGACCAAGUCAGGCCGCAUUGAUGUCUAUGGUUUCUCAGCGCUGUGGAAAUUCAUCCAGCAGUGGAAGAACCUCUUCCAGCAGUAUGACCGGGACCACUCAGGUUCCAUCAGCUACACAGAGUUGCAGCAAGCUCUGUCCCAAAUGGGCUACAACCUGAGCCCCCAGUUCACCCAGCUCCUGGUCUCCCGCUACUGCCCACGCUCUGCCAGUCCCACCAUGCAGCUCGACCGCUUCAUUCAGGUGUGCACCCAGCUGCAGGUGCUGACCAAGACCUUCCGAGAGAAGGACACCGCGGUGCAGGGCAACAUUCGGCUCAGCUUCGAGGACUUCGUCACCAUGACAGCUUCUCGGAUGCUAUGACCCAGCCUAUCUGUAGACAGUGGAGCACAU